AUGCUGGCUGAGGCUGUGGACCAGCUCCGCAAAGGAGCCAGCAAGUCGGCCGUGAGGGAGUCCAUGAGGAGCGUGAGGAGCGGGGCGUCUGUAACCUCCAAACUGUCUUCUUCUGCUGUGCCGUGUGACUUGUGUAAAGGAAAGCAGCGCGCUGCAGUGAAAAGCUGCUUAGUUUGUAUGAGUUCUUACUGUGAGUCUCACCUGAAGCCGCAUCAGACGCAGAAGGCUCUGAAACAACACGAGCUGAGUCCUCCCAUCGGAAACCUGGCUGAGAAGAUCUGCACGGCUCAUAAGUAUCUGGAGGAGUUCUACUGUCGGCCCUGUAAGGUGUUUGUGUGCUGGCUUUGCACCAGCAACCAGCACAAAGGCCACGAGUGUGUGUCCACCAAAGCAGAGCGCCAGGACAAGCAGAAAUUAUUUAGUGAAAUUCAAACCGAAACCGCUCAGAGACUGAAGGAUCGAGAGCUGGAGCUGAGAGACAUGAAGAAGAUGAUGGAGGGAGUCAAGCGGUCAGUGGACCUGGUGUUCAGUGACUCGGAGCAGACCCUGUCGGAGCUGCAGAGGUCUGUGGAGCGGCUGCAGGAGCUGCUGGAGGAGCUGAUGGAGCAGGCUCACAGGGAGAAGGUGGGGCAGGCCCAGGAGGUGGUGGAGAGUCUGCAGGAGGAGGUGCAGGAGCUGAGAAGGAGAGACUCUGAGAUGAAAGACCUGUCCCGCACCGAGGACCACAUCCACUACCUGAAGACAUACGAGUCGAUGUGUCGCCCGCUGGACUGUGGGGAGCUGCCUGCCGUCCACGUCAACCACGGCGCCACCUUCGACCCAAUCCGAGAACUGGUGCUGGACCUCAGGGAGAGAGUGGAGGACUUGUGUAACCAAGAACUGACCAAGAUCAGCAAGCAAGUCAAUGACAUCUCUCUGUUCACUCUGGGCCAUCGUGGAGGCGCCAAAGGAUCCAUCCUGAAAAUAUUUUCGGGACUGGGAUCUCGCAGUGCUAAUAAUAGAUCUGCAGUUCCCAGUGUGUCCUCUGGAGGGAGAAGUGCAGAACGGAGAGGGAUCGGUGUUGGAAGCCGAGGCCCAGAUGUUAGAACCAGAGAAACAAAUCAUUUAUCGGUUCCUGAGACCAGGUCCAGAUCCGGUCCCAGUCCGAGGUCCAGUCCGGCCCCGAGCCGCAGAGAGACUCGGUCCUUGUGGAACCGCUCCAGUUCCCAGAGUCUAGCGCCCUCUGCUGUUCCAUCACUGCCUCCUGCUGCUCCUCCUGGUCCUGCUGCUCCUCCUGGUCCUGCUGCUCCUCCUGGUCCCAGUGGUUUCAGUCGAAUGGCAUCGAUCGGGAACAUCUUCAGGUCUCGCCGCGGGACACAGGCCGCACCUGGUCCUGCGGUGCCAGAGUCUCCAAUUGAAGUGAAUCCAGGACUUUUUUUGGACGAUCCAGAAACUACAACAAUGAACUACACUUUCCCUGGAUUGCGAGAGCUGAGUCUGGACAGUCUUCAGGCUCCAGAGCCUCGAUCCAGAGAAGAUCUGCUUCAGAGUAAGUACCAUGUGUCACCUACCAUGUAG